UUGCACAUGAUGUGUGUAAUAUGGUUUCUUUAAAAAAAAAUCAACUUUCACUUGCUACCCAAACUUUCUAUUUUUAUUUUUUUUUUUAGGUAAGAGCUGAAAUUGGGGAUAUUGCAUGUGGAAAUUCAGCCUCUCCUUUUUUUUGAUCUUCUUCCAUUCAAUGUCAAUGUUUUGUGACAUUUUGCAGUUAAACUUAGUUUCCACUCUUCUUUGCAGAAAAAGCACACAUGGCAAAAGCAAAUCACACACUGGUGUAUGAAUUCAUCCUGGUUGGAUUUGCUGGGUCUCCAGAAUUACAGAUUUUACUCUUCAUUUUCUUCCUGACAGUUUAUUUCAUUACCUUGCUGGGAAAUUUGGGGAUGUUUCUCUUAAUCCAGAUCAACUCUCAGCUUCACACCCCCAUGUACUUCUUCCUUAGUAACCUGUCAUUACUGGACCUUUGCUAUUCUUCUGUGGUCACCCCAAAAAUGUUGAUCAAUUUUGUAAUAGAAAGCAAAACCAUUUCCUUAAGGGACUGUGCAGCACAAAUGUGGUUUUUUGCCUUCUUCGUGGCUGCUGAAGGUUAUCUCUUAGCUUCCAUGGCAUAUGAUCGGUAUGUAGCUAUUUCUAAUCCAUUGCUUUAUAUGGUUAUUAUGUCUAGGAAAACCUGUCUAUUACUCUUAGUUCCACCUUGCUUUGCUGGACUAUUAAAUGCCAUGACACAUACAGUUAUGACUUUCCAAUUAACUUUCUGCAAAUCCAAGAUCAAUCAUUUCUUCUGUGAUAUCCCUGCUGUGAUAUCCCUCUCCUGCUCUGAGACACAAAUCAACAAGAUGGUGCUUUUUAUCAUGUCCUGUACUCAUGGCACUCUCAGCAGUGUUUUUAUUAUUAUCUCCUACAUCUAUAUUCUUUGUGCCAUCCUAAAGAUCCGGUCUGUGGAGGGCCAGCGGAAGGCUUUCUCCACCUGUUCCACCCAUUUCACUGCUGUUUCCAUCUUCUAUGUCACCCUCUUCAUUAUAUAUGUGCGGCCCAGCCAUAGUUUUCUACCAGACCGAGGCAAGGUGUUUUCUGUGUUUUAUGCAGUGGUGAUCCCCAUGUUAAACCCACUGAUCUAUAGCGUAAGGAACAAGGAAGUACAAGAUUCCAUAGGGAGAAUGAUCAGAAGAAAAAGACUGUCAUGAACAUUGAGCUAGUCUCCUAAGUGAUGAGUUCCAUCUUUGUCCAAAAAGAAAAAUAAUGAUUUAAAUUGUAUGAUUGCCUUUAACUUGUAAGCUGUCUAGA